CAUGGGGACACUUGGGGCCCGCUAGGAACGCUCGGGGGCGCCUGAUAGCCACGCCCAGGAGGAACACCCAUCUCCGAGUCCGACUGGCCGGCGUAUUUUUCGUCCGGGGACACCCAGGGGCCGCCCCGCGCGCGCGAACUAGAAAUAUUGUUAGCCAGUUGCUGAAGACCUUGGCACGCCCGUGGCCCGUUGGGCCGGCGAUUUUCUUUUGUUGUUCUCUCUCUCUCUCUCUCUAUCUGGUUUGUGCGCCACGUUUACGCCAAGUUUCUUUUAAUGGCUGUCGAGUGGCAGACGCAAGCCCUGCGCCCCCUCUCCUGCUUCUGCGUCCUUUUGGACGUUCUCACCCUCCUCUGCUUCCCUUCCUUUGUCCAUGCUUGCAAUGCGCUGCUUAUCCGGGAUGUGACGUGUUUUGGUGCACAUUCUCAAGCAAAACAGUUCGCUCUGCGCGCCCAUCAUCUGGCAGAGAACAUUCAGCCCGCCGCUGUUGCAACACUUCUCUUCGAUAUCUUCCUCUUCUUUGCGCUCUUCGGCAGCACGGCAGCGCGGCACCGUGCGCCGCGUCUUCUGUUAGUUGCUGGCGUGGUCAGCGUCCGCAAGCCCAUCAUGAAGCUCGCGUGUAACUCCCUGGCACCCUCCGCUGUAUGCCUCGCCCUUUUUCUCCCUGUGCCCCUGGCAAGUGAUGUCCUCAAGAGGAGUAUCAUGGGUACUAUCAAUCUGUCUGCCUCUUUCAGAGGCCAGCGUGGUCUGCCACUGCGUUCUUCACGCAUCCCAGUAAUUCCGGCCGUUUCGUGCCGCAGCAGAGUAAGAGUGCUUUGCGGCGAACCACAGGCAUGAUGCAUCGUGCACCAGCUUUGCUUCUUCCGCAGGGCACGUCGAGACCGCGCGAGCCAGGUGAUCUAGAGGAAGAGGAA